GAACCCGCCCGCAUUCAGUUUCCCCACUUGUGAAGAAGAGAAGGCAUGUCAGGUUUCUUGUUCUUUCCCAGGCACAUCAGCACUUCGCUAGUGUCCCUACGCGGCGCGCGCUAUGUCUUCCCUCUGCCACCGCGCAGGGCCACAGGGAGCCCCUCGGUCCCCUGGCCCGCAGCCCCCUGCCGCCGGAUGGCCGCAGCUGCCUCCUCCAAGUGCCCCGCUGGGUCUGCAUCUGGCCCCUCCCGGGUGCGCCAGAACUUCCACCUGGACUCUGAGGCUGCGAUCAACCGCCAGAUCAACCUCGAGCUCUAUGCGUCCUACGUGUACUUGUCAAUGGCCUAUUACUUCUCCCGAGACGAUGUGGCCUUGAACAACUUCUCUAGGUAUUUCCUUCGCCAGUCCCAGGAGGAGACCCUACAUGCAGAGAAGCUAAUGAGGCUGCAGAACCAGCGAGGAGGUAGGAUCUGCCUGCAGGACAUCAAGAAACCCGACCAGGACGACUGGGAAAGCGGGCUGAAUGCCAUGAAGUGUGCUCUGCUCUUGGAGAAAAACGUGAACCAGUCGUUGCUGGAAUUGCACACUCUGGCCUCAGACAAAGGCGACCCCCAUUUGUGCGACUUCCUGGAAACCCACUAUCUAAAUGAGCAGGUGAAGUCUAUCAAAGAACUAGGGGACCAUGUGCACAACUUGAUUAAGAUGGGGGCUCCAGAUUGUGGCCUGGCUGAGUACCUUUUUGACAAACAUACCCUUGGAAAUGAAAACAAUCAGAACUAA